UCGACCAUGGCGGAAUGUGUUCGACUUGACAGCAGGACAAGUAGCCAUACCAUGGAUAAAAGCAUCACUCUUCCGCCCGACGAAAUAUUCCGAAAUUUGGAAAACGCGAAGCGGUUCGCCAUAGACAUAGGUGAAUCUCUCACAAAGCUUGCCUACUAUUCGACUGUACAGCACAAAGUGGCCAAAGUACGAUCUUUCGACCACGCUACAAAGGAGGAUGCCAGUGAUGAGCUGUAUGAAAUAUCUGAGCAGGAAGAGGUCACGGCACGUCUGCACUUCAUUAAGUUUGAAAAUGCUUACAUUGAAACAUGCUUGGACUUCAUCAAAGACCAUCUGGUCAACACAGAAACCAAAGUUAUCAAAGCCACAGGUGGAGGGGCACACAAGUUCAGAGAGCUCAUUGAGAGGAAACUCGGACUCAAAGUGGACAAAGAGGACGAGAUGACCUGCCUCAUCAAGGGCUGUAACUUUGUGCUGAGGAACAUACCCCACGAGGCCUUCGUGUAUGCCAAGCACGCUGACUCAGAGUUCCGCUUUCAGACGACUCAACCAGACAUCUUCCCUUACCUGCUCGUAAACAUCGGAUCUGGGGUGUCCAUAAUCAAGGUUGAAUCAGAGGACAAAUUUGAGCGAGUAGGAGGAAGCUCAAUAGGUGGAGGGACGUUCUGGGGCCUUGGAGCCUUGCUCACCAAAACAAAGAGAUUUGAUGAGUUGCUACAGCUGGCCUCAAAAGGGCAGCACACAAGUGUCGACAUGCUUGUCAAAGACAUCUAUGGAGGAUCUCACGGUUCUUUGGGCUUGACUGGAGAUCUUAUUGCAAGCAGCUUUGGAAAAUCUGCUACUGCUGACCAAGAGUUCUCUAAAGAAGACCUGGCCAAGAGUUUACUCCAUAUGAUCAGCAACGACAUCGGGCAGCUGGCCUGUCUGUACGCAAAGCUCCACAAACUGUCCAGAGUUUACUUUGGAGGCUUCUUCAUCAGAGGACACCCUGUCACCAUGCACACGAUCACCUACAGCAUCAACUUCUUCACCAAGGGUGAAGUUCAGGCCUUGUUUCUGAGACAUGAAGGUUAUCUCGGAGCCAUUGGAGCAUUUCUGAAAGGAGCAGAGGAGGACAAUCCAAACCAGUACAGUUGGGGUGAGAAUUAUGCGGGAAGCUCAGGCCUGAUGAGCGUUUCACCGGAUAUGAAUCCCAUGCAACGUGCACGCAGUGGAACGUUUGACAUGUUGGAGAUGGACCGUCUGGAGAGGCAGCUGGUGAAUCUGCCUCUGCUGCGGGACCCUUCAUCGUACAUCCCCGACACCAUGGACCUCACAGAGGACGCUCUGGCCCGUGAAUACUGGCUCUACUGCUUCGAGGAGGCCCUAGAUGGGGUGGUUAAGAGAGCUGUAGCCAGCCAGCCUGACAUGCCAGAGGCAGCCGAGCGAGCCGAGAAGUUCCGUCAGAAAUACAGACACAAGCUUCAGACCCUCCGCCACCAACCUUUUGCUUAUGGAUCCCUCACUGUCAGAAGUCUGUUAGACACGAGGGAACACUGUUUAAACGAGUUCAACUUUCCUGAUCCCUACUCUAAGAUUAAACAGAAGGAGAAUGACAUAGCUCUCAAGUACUACCAGAAGGCAGUGAAGUCCCUGGAGGAGUUGAGCUGGGAAGAGAGACAGUUCGCCCUGGUCAGGGGCGUCCUGGCUGGGAAUGUCUUCGACUGGGGAGCCAAGGCCGUGUCGGAUGUCCUCGAAUCUGAUCCUGAGUUUGGGUUUGAGGAAGCUAAGCGACAGUUGGAAGAGCGGCCAUGGCUCAUUGACUCCUAUGACCAAUGGCUUGAGAGACUAAAGGGUCCUCCUCAUAAGUGUGCCUUGUUUUUCGUAGAUAAUAGUGGAGUAGACAUCAUUCUAGGGGUGAUCCCUUUUGUCAGAGAGCUUCUCUCUCGAGGAACAGAGGUUGUGUUGGCCAGCAACUCUGGUCCGGCUUUAAAUGACGUAACGAACGGCGAACUGCAAAUAUUGACCGAGAGAAUCGCGGCCAUGGAUCCAGUGAUUCAGGCUGGUCUGAGGGAGGACAGGUUGACGUUGGUUCAGAGUGGUUCCAGCUCGCCCUGCCUGGAUCUGAGCCGUCUGGACAAAGUUCUGGCGAUGGUGGUGCGGGAGCGACAAACCGACCUGGUGAUCAUCGAGGGAAUGGGCCGUGCCAUUCACACCAACUACUACGCCAUGCUCAGCUGCGAGAGCCUCAAGAUGGCCGUCAUCAAGAACUCGUGGCUGGCCGACCGACUGGGAGGAAAGCUGUUCAGCGUGGUCUUCAAGUACGAGGUACCGGCUGGAAAGCCAACCAGCCAACACUCUGCGGCGCCGACGCCCUCGUGAGCCCGACAGAGCUCGAGUUUGAGCAGGACAGAACGCCGAAGUCGAGCAACCAGAAGGGAUUAGCUGGAGCUCUGAAUGUAAGGAUGGUGAUCGUGUACUGCCACUCAGUGAAUGACUGAUCGCAAAGCUGAUUGUAAAAUUUAGGUGGGUUUUAAAGCUGAUCGUUAACAGGGAGGUUUUACAUUUAAUUUUGAAACAUUGUUGAUUUUAGUGCUGGUUUCAUGGACAUGGUUUACAUUGCUUUGCAGGUCUCUGUCCAACAUCCUGUACAAUCACUUUGCUACCAUCAUUACUGCAUAUUGAUCUUUCUUUGUUUUCAUGUGCAGUCACGGCCUGCGUUCAGGACAUUUUAACAGACUGUUAUGACAGAUGAGAUCUUCAGCUUGUAGGAGAAGGAGUGAAAAACGAAGGUUUUAUUUUGAAAUAUUUUGCAUCAGUCAUUGACAUGCUGCCAACACACAACACUGAGCACCCAUACGGGCAAAUGUGAUUCUUUGGCUGGAGUGUGUUUGUGUGUUAGAGAGAGAGAGCUGCAGCAGUAAUUACAGCUUUCAGCGGUAACACUUUUUACAUGAAGUGUACUUAAUGUGCCUUGAGGCUGAUGUGAUGAAAGCAUCAUUCACUUAGAUUAAGCUUUUUAUUCCUGUUGAAGGCUACGAUACCACACAAGUAUCUGCUUUUGUUUGCCAGCAAUCUCACGCCGUCGUCUCGGAAGCAUCCAUGGAUCUCCCGUGUUAUAUUACUGCCAGUGAAUGAGUUGAGAUCAUGAAAUGAAUCAUUGUCACUGUCGCGUGUGUUGCUGUGGCAUCAUCAGGGAAGACGUUCGAUCAGCGGGCGAAGCAGCACUUUAUCACAGAGAGAUUUGGUCGUGUUCCUCCACAAGGUGGCAGUAUUCUACUGUGACGUAGGUUUUCAUGAUUUCUCCAAUCUUUCCCAGGGUGCUUGGUGUCAAAAAUUAACACUGCAUAUUUCAGGUUAAGUAUUCUAACUGUCUGAUCAAAACAUCACUUGGAACUUCUUGCCACUGAGCUGGCCGUGGCACGAGUCCAGGGAUUCAUUGUAAUUAACUGGCAUGUUCAAGUACACGCUGUAAUCCAUCCCUGAAUCCAAAAUGCAAUUGUUUGAAGGCAAUAAUACUGCAGCACGUAGUCGUAACAAACAAACAUCGAACACUGUGUGAUCGUGAAGUGGCUCGCUGUUUUGGUGACUUCAUCGUGAAUAUCUGAAUUCAAGGCAGGAUCGGAUUUUAAAGGCGUAGGAGUGAAAACGUUCCCUAAAGUUACAGUUACUUGACGUGUGGACUCACAUUGCAAUAUUGUACGUGUCUUUUGUACAUACAUGUGAUAUACAAGUGUGUGUGUGUGUGUGUGUGUGUGUAUGUUUGUACGUGUAUAUAUACAUACAGUAUAUAUAUAAUUCAUUUGCAUCACUUCAGUUAAGCACACCAAGCACAAUUUUGUGUAUUAUUCUCCUGACAAUCAAUUUUAAUUAAAUGGUGAAAACCUU